AUGGCCUCCGGCAUUCCGUACACGCCCAAACCUGCGACCGACAUCUUCACUCCUUACCAGACCGACAUUGACCGGCGGCAAUGCAAACGCAUCGUGCCAAUGAGGGUGUUGGCACUCGGCCUAGGAAGAACCGGCACAGCUUCGCUGCGUUCAGCUCUGCAGGAGCUGGGCUAUACCGACACAUACCACAUGAUGUGUGCCAGCGUGGAAAACCCUCCCGAUUGUCUCUGCUGGAUGGACGCCUUCGCCGCCAAGUACGAGGGGAAGGGAAAAUUUGGUCGCGAAGAAUGGGACGCUCUGCUCGGCCAUUGCCAGGCGGUGUGCGACUGGCCCGCUGUUGCCUUUGCGAAAGAAUUGAUUGAGGCGUAUCCGGAGGCCAAGAUCAUCGUCACCACGAGAGACGUGGAUUCAUGGCACAAGUCCGUGAUGAAGACAGUCAAUUGGCGCGCCAACGACCCGGAGCUCAAGGCUGUGGCCAACUUUGACUGGGCUGCCGGAUUGUACUACCCCAUGCUACGCCAGUUCUGGAAGUAUUUCUUCUACGACGAGUUCGAGAAUCAGGGCAAGCAACGGUAUCACGACUACUACCAGGAAAUCCGAGAGCUCGUGCCGCCCGGCCAGCUGCUGGAAUACCGAGUCAGCUCCGGCUGGAAACCGUUGUGCGACUUUCUCGGCGACCCGAUCCCUGACACACCAUUCCCAAGAUCCAACGAUGCGGACCACUUUGUCCAACGAUGCCGAACACAGAACCGCAAGCAAAUGAUGAAUGUCGUCUUCCGCGCCUUGGUAGUAGGGGUCCCCGUCGUCGCUACUGCGCUUUCUGCAACGUUCGCGUAUACCCACUACCUACCGAAAUUUGCACACAGGGCCGUCUGGCGAACAACAGCUUAG